GGUUUCGUAGCUGUAUAUCAGUUGUCAUUUAAAUUGUACUCAAAUUGUGGUUAUUAGUGAAAUACGUCUGAAACCGAAAUUGUAAUUACAAUUAAGGUGUGAAAACUAAUUGUAUUAUACAUUGAGUGAGUGUUUGUCACAUAACGUAAACAUCAAUUGCAAUCAUAUCUAUCGGAUAUAUUGGAUAUAUUGGCCACAAAUCCAUGAAAAGAUGGUUUCAAUAGAGAUCGUAGUGAAGGCCCCGAACCAGAAGUGUGACGACCAGACCAUCACCUGUCAGCUCGAGUGGACAGUCCUCUCACUCAAGUCACACCUUUCCCGAGUAUAUCCAUCCAAACCC